AUGGCUGCAUUCAAACAACCACGUCUUAAAGAAGUUAAGCUACAUGAGUAUGGUCUACAUCUUUUAAGAUACCAUGAUAAUAGAUUUCGUCAACACCCAAGGUUUAGGUACUUCAUAUUGAAUAUACUAAUGCGCCAUAGAAGUCAAGCCACCGCAUCUGUAUUUGUCCACAAACAACUUGAUGAUUCAAUGCCUAUAACAAUUUUUGACCUUCGACAAAGAUUAAAGGACUUGCCUGAUGACAAACUAGCAGAUCAACUAAUGCGCUUUAGCUCGUCAAUUCAUGGAACUAAACCAUUUUGGAAUCAACGCAAAAGAGAACUUAUAGACAUGGUCAUCCAAAUUGGUUGUCCAACGCUAUUUUUCACACUCAGUGCUGCUGAUACAAAAUGGCCAGACUUGCAUAAUAUCAUGCCAACCACCACACCUACAAAUCCAUAUGCAACUGCUAGGUGGAGAUUACAAAAUAUAGUUCAAAAUCCACAACUUACUGCAAUGUACAUGCAUCACAGAUUUACUGCAUUUCGUGAAGAAGUGUUGGAAAAAAUUCUUGGCGCAAAUGACUAUUGGUAUAGGUAUGAAUGGCAACAUAGAGGCUCUGCACACAUCCAUGGUUUCAUUUGGCUACCAAAAGCACCUGACAUUGGCAAAUUACAAUGGAAUGACAUUCAGUCAGUACAAAAUGCACUUGCAUACAUUGAUAAAUAUGUCUCCGUGUGGAACCCACGAAGUCAUGCAUUAAGAAAUCAAAUGUUCCACCGAUCCAUUGUUGACGACCCUUGCUUGAUAGACACAAGCAUGAUAGUAUCAAGUGAUCCUUUCAUUGACUAUUGUGAUUUGGCCAACCGUGUUCAAAGACAUACAAAAUGUACUAUCCAAACAUGCCUUCGCAGGAAGGGGACAUCUCUUCAAUGCUGUUAUAAAGCCCCUUGGAACAUUACAGAGAAGUCGUCUCUUUCUAAUGAUGAUAAUGGCCAACCUAAGCACACCCUUGCUCGCAAUGAUGACUGCCUAAAUCUUCACAACCCAUUUAUACUCUCAAUAUGGAGGGCCAAUGUAGAUUGCCAACCUGUUCUCUCAAUUGAUGCUAUGAUCAAAUAUAUUGCAAAAUAUGCUGCUAAAGCUGAAAACAAAUCAAAAACAUACCAUGCAAUGUUAUCUCGAAUAUCAACCAACUUUGAGUCUGAUAAACCAGCUCCUAAUGCUUUUCGCAAAAUGCUUCUUGACAACCUUGUGGAUCGUGAUAUAGGUGCCCAAGAAAGUUUCCACCUUCUGCUAAAGCUACCACUCUCUCUUUGUAGUCGAACAUUUUUUUUUUUAAAUGUGAACCAAAAAAAUUUCCAACGUGUACCAAUCACAUCCACAGAAAGAACCACAUAUCCAAACUAUAUUGCAUCUUACAUGGCAAGACCAAUACAUUUAGAGAGAAUGUCUCUUAUCAAAGUAACUCAAAAAUGGUCCUUCAACGCAUCAAGAAAGCAUGCUCAAUGGAAAGAGCGAGCCACACCAAUCAUAGUUCGAGUGUCUCCACGAUUCACAACCAUCCCUACAAAGGAAGAAAAAUGUUUUCAAGCAUUUUGUUGGACUGAACUUUUAUUGUACCACCCAUUCCGCAACAUUCAAAUGGAUUUCGGCUCAACAGAUGAUGAAAUUCAAGCACUGUGGGAAAGGUUCCCGCACAAGUAUAAGCCAUGGCAUGUACGUCGAACAUCUAUAGAAGCUAAUGAAAGAUCUAAUCCUACCACUCCUUCAAGCGACAUAGAACAAAUGCCAAAAAACAUCCGUAAUGAAUGGCAAAUACUGUCAGCUUCAUACCCAGGACUUCCUCUUCACCUAGAUGAACUUGAUAUGCUUGGCCAACGUGAUAUUGACUUGAAGAAUGACUGGGGAGUACAUCACUUCAGUCCACAAGAAAAAGAAAUAGCUACAAAUUUCAUACACUCCAAUCGCCGAACAUUUCAGCCCCAUCAUGUUCUCCAACGACAAAGCAAAAAUAACCUAUGUAUACAACAACAAAAGGCAUAUGAUAUAGUUAUUUCACAUCUACAUGCUAAUAGUUUGCAAGCACCAUUGAAAAUGAUUGUUCAAGGAACUGCAGGCACAGGAAAGUCACACCUCAUAACAAGCAUAAAAUCAGCACUCAAAAGAUCAGCACCAAAUGGCCAAUCACCAUUAUUGCUCCUUGCACCAACUAGAGUUGCGGCAUUCAAUAUACAAGCAUCAACAAUUCAUUCAUCACUAAGAAUUCCAAUCAAAGAAAUGCACCCUCUACAAGGACAAACAUUGGCAAGCUUCCAAGAAAGCAUGUACUUCAUUCGCUACAUUAUAAUUGAUGAAAUGAACUUCAUUGGACCAAGGUUGAUACAACGCAUUGAUAUAAGGUUAUGUGAGGCAUUCCCUGCCCAUAACCAGCUCCCAUUUGGAGGACGCUCAAUCAUUCUCUUUGGUGACUUGGGCCAACUACCACCUGUCAAAGACAUUCCUAUGUAUGCUUCAACUUCAUAUGGAGGGACACUAUGGCGUAGCUUCAUAACAAUUAUAACAUUGAAAAAAAUAUUUCGUCAAAUUGGAGAUCAACCUGCACAAAUUGCCUUUCGUGCACUUCUCUCCAAUUUACGAAAUGUAGAACCCACUAUUGCAGAUUGGCAACUUUUAUUGUCUUGA